AUGAGUGAUUCAGAAUCACUUUCAAAUGAUAAUUCAGAUAAUGAAAAUUUUUCUAAUGAUUUUAUCAAAAAUAUUCUAGAUGAUAGUGAAAGUAAGCAUCUAAAAGGAAGACCGCCAGAUACUGCAAGGUUCAAAGGACCUUUAGAAACUUCUAAUAAUGUUAACAAAACUCACAAAUGUGAUUAUGCAAUGAAAGGAAGAGUAUCUGGGAAGAAGAGUAAUAUUCUCCGUAAAGAAAUUGGAGUAUACCCGGAUACUGCUGGUCAGGAUACAGCAGGACAAGAAGAAGAGUUUCCGGAUACUGUUGAGUAUCUGGAUAUUGCUGGGCAAGAGAAGCGCCAGGAUACUGCUGGGCCAUAG